AUGUCGGACAACGGCUCUCCGAAGCAGGAUAAUCCCCAGUCUGAGCACCUGAACAUCAAGGUGACAGACAACAACAACGAGGUCUUCUUCAAGAUCAAGAGGACGACCCAGCUCAAGAAGCUCAUGGACGCUUUCUGCGAGCGCCAGGGAAAGUCGCCGGCCAGCGUCCGCUUCCUCUUCGAUGGUCAGCGCGUCAGCGCGACGGACAACCCGGACACGCUCGAGAUGCAAGAUGGUGACACUCUCGAGGUGCACCAAGAGCAGAUCGGAGGUGCCUGCUGA